AUGGACGCAGGCAUCAUUCGCAACUUCAAGCUUAAGUACAAGGCCAAAUUCGUGCAGUGGAUACUGGACAUGGUGACGUCAGGGACGGAGGACAAGAAGCUCGACGUUCUUAGCGCCAGCCGUAUGGUGGUAAAAUCGUGGGCUGAGGUGCGCCCUGAAUCGAUUCGACACCGUUGGAUCCACACAGGAAUCGUGUCGGGAGUUAUGGCGGCAGUGCUCCGUAGACAAGACGAGCCGUCCCGUCCCAAUGAUCUUUCAAUCCUGGCUAAUCUAAUAGACAUACUAUCCUUAUGUGAUGGAAUGGGUGCAGACGACUAUCUGGAGCGUGACAACAACCUGGAAGAAUGGGAACCAGAAUCCGGUGCAACUGCCACGUCUGAGCCAUUUUUGCGUGAUGACGACAGCGACGGAGACAAGAUACCAUCCUCACUCAUCGCGACGCGCUGA